GUUGCGAACGUGCCUUGUUAGAUUACAAUUAAUUUGAAAAUGACGAGAAAUCGUAGGCUGCGUCGAAUCAUCCGAAAGGGAUGGAUAUGGCUAAAUUAAUGGAUGAGCGGUCUGCAGAUUUGAUAGAAAUUGAUAGUGAGAUCACAUUGCUGCAAAGAAAUAACCAGUCCACAUGUAUAUAGCCCGACAGUAUAUCUGCAUAUAAGUCUGUAAUAGAUACGAGAGGAUACUAGGGGAGUAAUGAGUAGGUGACUGUCAGUUGUAUCGGAGUUCCGUGUGAUCGACGAACGCUGCUGCAUACAAUUAUCAUGUCACGCUUCAUGGUGCUCUUAAUCCUGCUGGGUAUAAUACUGCUUAAUUGUCAAGAGACGCUCGGCCGAAGAGGACGAGGAAGGAGCAGAAGUAAGUCUCGCGUGCAGAUUGGAUUGCCCAUUACCGGAAAGUACCGUGAUCCGGAAAGUGAUCAGUAUUACAACAAUAACAACGGAGCCAAAAUAUUGUUAGCGUCGCAUUUCGAUCUGGAGUACGUCUUGGGACACAAAAUAGCCUUCCUCUGCGUCGCUCGCGGCAACCCGCGCCCGCACAUUACAUGGUUCAAGGAUGGCGCUGAGAUUUACACGCAUCAUUAUCUACAUAUACACGAGUGGCAAGUUGGUCCUGACAAAGUGAAGUCGAAAAUCGAGAUCGAUCCCGCCACUCAAAUGGACGCAGGGGUUUACGAAUGCACAGCCGACAACAUGUACAGCAUCGAUCGACGGUCUUUCAAGACUGACUUCUCAAUCGCUUUCGAUUAGUGCAACCAUCCGAGAGACCCGACAGACGUAAUUAGGUAAAACUCGUAAAUCAAGCACUGUGUAAAAUUUUUACGAUAGACAUAAAACGGUAGACUGUGACUUUGAGAAAACGGCUUAGAGCGAUAUGUAUUUUCAUUGUAACUGACAAGAAGAAACUAAAUUGUUCUAAUAUUUUCAAAGUUGUUCUUAAUUCUGUCGAGGACCGCAAUGUGCAAAUCAGUAUCUAUUUAGAAUAAUAAUCUGCUUUCUUCCAAA